CAGUAGAUUAUUGAAACUGAGAGCAUAAUGUUGAAUCAAGUUAUCCCUGUUAUCUGCUUCUUCUUCAGUCUGCAGGAAGUUCAACCAAAAUUCUACCUCAUUAAAACUGCAGGGCCAGCACACAUAAGAUCUGGAAAAGACUAUACAUCAGAAUUCAUUGCUCCGCCUCCAAAACUUGGAAAAGACUUUACAGUGCUAGGAGUAUGUAAGUCCACACUUCCCUGUCAAGGAAAACAUCAAACCCCUCCUGAAAACCUCCUGGCUCCAAAUUGGGUAACAUCUGUAGAACCUUGCAGUUAUGGGACAUUCAUAACUGAACAGGAUACAUUUAAAAUAGAACGCAAAGAAUCUGGACCUGUCACAAUAAACGGAUUCCCAAUCUCAGAGGAACAACAUAAUGCAGUAUUGGCAGGGGAAGAAGUUACUUUAGUCUACGGAGAUGAUUUGUCUAGCAUUAAGUUGGAAUCUCCUGGAGUACUAACUAUGAAUGGGAAUGAGUUACCAGGUUCCAAAGGAGUAGGUAACUCCUUUGGGUUAACUGGAAUACCCAGCGAGCCAAUAGAUCCACAUUGCUAGUCAAUUAUUGGAUGAUCUUUAUAUGAAUAAAAUGCUAAACAAAUUUUA